UCUCAACCCCAUGAUCCGAACAGACGAACUGCAAAUGUGGUUUUUUUUUCAGCUCAAGCUUUUCGUAUUAUCACAGACUGUGGUAUUAUAAACAGAAUUGAGAGAACCUCGAACAUAAAAAAGUGAAAAAAUGGAACCAAGUGUGCUUUCGCUACUGGGAAAACAAUUUGUUCGUGGAAUUUCGACCUCAGUUUGCGCGUGUGGAAAACGCAAUUUCAAAAAGUUCCCUAUUUUCAACAAACGAGGGACCAGAGAUUUUAAAGCACGACAAGCGAAAAAUCCCCAUCCUGAUGUUCCUAUUCACAACUAUGGAGUUAGACCUAUUGGUUAUAAAGCUGGGACGUCUUUUGUGAAAAUCAAUGAGCUGGUUCCUGAAAUCCUUGUUCCAGACUUGACUGGUUUCAAGUUGAAACCAUAUGUUUCUUACCGUGUUAAUGAUAUUGUGCAACCACCAAUGACUCCUGAAGAAUUGUUUGGUGCUGUCUACGUUAAGAAAAUAACAGAAGACUUCAAAUUGGCGAAACUUGGACCUGACAACCAGCCCUUACAUCCCAGUCCUGAAGAAAGCCUUUCACCUGAAGAAGCUAAAGAAAAAGUCGUAUCAAUAAGAAGUGACAUUGUAUGAAUAAAUGUCUUUAUUUCUCAUUAAGUUUCCACUUGUGGAUCAGUUAGAAUACACAGAGCAACAUAGA